AUGGCAAAAUUCCAAAUCUCAGUUCCUUCAUGCGUCAAAGAAGCCUUCGAGAGGCCGGUAUCCAAGUUGGUGGUGAAGAAGAUUGAUCACACGGGUCAGCACUUUUCGGAACAGUGGAUGAAUGGAUGUCGUUACUAUGUCUUCGAUAUCGUGCCGGACUCCUUCAAACAGGCCGGGUUACCUGUUAUCGCGCUUCUGACUCCGUCCGGGACACGCACCUGGAAACUUGCCAUGGCUGAUCACGACACAUGCCACAUUCUGGUGAUGGCCAGCGGAAACGGCUCCAAUUUCCAGGCCCUGGUCGACGGCAUUGCGUCAGGGAAAAUCAGCAAUGCAAAAAUUGAGCAGCUCGUGGUAAACCGGGGCAAAGCAUUUGCGACCCAACGAGCUGAAAAGGUGGGGAUUCCUUGGGAAUAUUUCAAUAUGGUCAGCCACGGUUUUCAGACCAAGGGCGAGUCAGACCCGAUGAAGCUGCAGGCCAGCCGUGAGAAGUACGACGCAGCUCUCAGCCAGAAAAUUCUUCAGGGCUUUGGCGGAAAGGCUGCCCCGGACCUGAUCGUGCUGGCUGGAUGGAUGCACGUGUUUACCAAGGCCUUCCUCGAUCCAUUGGAAGCAGCCGGCAUCAAAAUCAUCAAUCUACACCCUGCACUACCGGGACAAUAUGAUGGAGCCAAUGCCAUACAAAGGGCAUUUGGCGAUUUCCAGGCCGGAAAGUUAAAAAACGGCAAGACCGGAAUCAUGGUUCACUUCGUGAUUGACGUAGUUGACCGUGGAACUCCCAUCAUGACGGUGGAGAUCCCGUGCCGGAAAGGCGAGGAUAUUCACCAGUUAGAGGAGAGAAUACAUGCCGAGGAGCAUGCGCUGAUUGUGACUGCCACCCAGCAAGUGGCGCAGGAGGUUUUGCAAUCCAAGAGAACGAGAUUAGCUUCUGCGGGUGUUGGGAGCGCUUGA